CAAGGCCAGGGCCACCCCGGUCCGGCCCGGCCGGGUCCCGGGCGCAGAGAGUGGAAAACAACCUGGCCGCAGACAAUUGACAAAGGCGCGAGUGCGGGCCGCCCUUCCGCGGCGCACGCACGCGCGCAGCGUGGGCAGAGCCGCGCCCGCCCGCGCCCUCCGUGGGACCCGCAGCGCCGAGGCCCAGACGCGGCGCGGGGCAGGGGAGCCGGGCGCCCCCGGCGCCCCCGCGGCUGCGUCGCCGGAGGCAGAGAUCCGCGAGAACCUGCUGACAUGGCUGAACAUGGGACUGAUGAGCCGUCCUCCAGUACAGGGAGUCCCGACGGAGAAGGUCGGGACUCUGGGGACAGAUUGUUGCUGCAUCAGAGGCUGGCUGUCAGAGAGCUCAUUGACACCGAGGCCUCCUACCUGCACAUGCUCCAGCUCUGUGCCUCAGACAUCAGGAGCCGCCUGCAGCAGCUGCCCCAGGGAGACCUGGAUGUCCUGUUCUCAAACAUCGAUGAUGUCAUUGAAGUGAACAGCAAAUUUCUUCACGAUCUCCAAGAGACAGCAUCCAGGGAAGACGAACAAGUGCACUCAAUUGGCAACUUAUUCCUGGAAUUCCAAGAGGAGCUGGAGCGAGUCUAUAAGGUCUACUGUGCCAGCUACGACCAGGCCUUGCUGCUGGUGGAGACCUACCGGAAGGAGCCAGAGCUUCAGCGAGAGAUCCAGGGCAUCAUUGAGGCAGCGGUGCCACAAGCUGGGCCCUCAGGCCUCAGUUUCUUACUGGUAAUCCCUCUGCAGAGGAUUACCAAGUACCCAUUGCUGCUGCAGAAAAUCCUGGAGAACACAGAUCCUGAUGCCAGUGCCUACCCUGUACUUCAGAGGGCUGCCUCUGCCCUCCAAGACGUGAACGCCAACAUCAAUGAGUACAAGAGGCGCAAGGAAGUGGCCUCCAAGUAUACCAAAGUGGGGCAGCUGACGCUCCGGGAGAGGCUGGCCCGGAUCAACACGCACACCCUCUCCAAGAAGACCACCCGGCUGAGCCAGCUGCUGAAGCAGGAAGCUGGGCUUGUGCCCAGGACAGAAGACAAGGAAUUCGAUUACUUAGAAGAGAGGUUGCACUGGGUGUCGCUGUGUGUGACCGAGACGAAGAACAACGUGGCUGUUUACCUGGCUAAUCUGGAGGCUUUCCUCCGCUUCAGGCCGCAGGAAUCCGAGCUGGACAUCCCUGGGGGGCCGGUGGUGCAGUACUGCAGCCUGAUGGGAGACCUCCAGCUCCAGGCCUUCCCAGACUUUAAGCAGCGGCUGGAAGACCUGGUAUGGCAGCCAUUGUGCAGCCUCGCUAAAGCCCUGAGUGGCCCUCAGAACCUGGUCAAGAAGCGUCUGGACAAACUGCUGGACUUUGAGAGGGUGGAAGAGAAGCUGUUGGAGGUGGGCAGCGUGACGUACGAGGAGCAGGAGGCCCGGCACACGUACCAGGCCCUCAACUCCCUGUUGGUGGCUGAACUCCCCCAGCUUAACCAGCUGGCCAUGCGGUGGCUGGGCCAGAUCUUGCACACGUUCGUGGACCUCCAGAGGGACCUUGCAAAGCAAGUGCUGCAGAGGGCAGAGGGCAGCUUGGCCCAGCUGCCUCACCACCACCUCUCCGAGCCAGCCUUCAGGGAGCUGGUGGAAGAUGUGCUGGGCCAGACUGGUCACCAGCUUCGCUCCUUUCAAGAGAACUUUGAGAAAGUGCUGCCACCUCCCACCGUACAGCUGCUCCUUCCAGGGGCUGAACGCCAGGUGCAGGCGCUGCUAAGCAGAUAUGGCCCGGAGAAGCUGUACCAGGUGACAAGCAACAUCAGUGGGGCUGGGACUCUGGACCUGACGCUGCUGCGGGGCCAGAUUGUGGCUCUCCUUCAAAACAAGGACACCAAAGGCAACAGCAGCCGCUGGCUGGUGGACACUGGGGGGCAUCGAGGGUACGUGCCAGCUGGGAAGCUGGAGCUGUACCGUGUCAUCCCCGGUCAGGAGGAGGUCAAAGAGCAAGUGCAGCCUCCCAAGGACUCCCAUCAUCUAACACCAGAGCCCAGCCCAGCCCCAGUCCCCUCCGUCCCAACAGUGACCCAGGAGUUGGCCUCAGCUGCUGGGAUCCGGUGAGGAGUCAGACGGAUGGGGGCCCUGUCCUCCGGAAGCCCACGGUCUGGGGAGGGAGACAGACAAAUCAGUAGUCAGUUACCGUGCAGUGUAAGCGUUUGGGUGGGGCAGUAGCAAGUGCCAGCGGAGGGGUCACCCCCGAGACUUGGCAGCUCAGGAAGGCUUCCUGAAAGAAGCGCUGUCUGAGCUGAGGCUUGAUGGGUAACUUGGGUGAAGGUGGGAGGGAGGGCACAUGCCAAGGCCCAGGGGCAAGCAUGAGCAUGUUUCAUCGGGGACCUGAAAGGCUGUAGAGCUAGGACACAGCAUGUGUGGAGGCGUGGUAGGUGUCGUGGGAGACGGCUGAGAGAGGGCAGCGUGAGGAGCUCUGGGUUGUGUUCUGAAGGCAAUGGGGAGCCACCGAAGGGAUUGAAGUAGAGGAGUGACAUACCCAGGGCUGUAUUUAAGGAUACAAGCUCUAGUGCAUUCUGGAAUUUCCCCAAGGUCCUGUCACACUGCUCAAGAAAUAGAUUUUCCAUGCGUACUGCUUACAUAAACAUCCCAGAGGGGCUGGGAGGCCCUGCCUCCAGGGACUCGAUCUCCCGGCCAGCUGGAGAAGCAGGACAGGGCAGGAUGCCGUCAGCGCCAGAGGGGUCCUAGGGACCAGGCUUGCAGGUGCUCAGAUAGGAGGGAGUUCUGGGGGAGUGGGGAGCUGAGGUGCUCAGGGAGGCUUCCUGGAGGAUGCAGGGCAGGGGCCGGGUUCUGUGGGAUAAGUGGGAUUGGGGGACGAGAAAGGGAAAGAGAGGCCCUCUCAGGCCUGGGGAGCUAGCGUGGUGGUGUGAAAAGCUCCUGGGCCUGAGAAGGCCUCCCUUUCCCUUUUGCUCGGCCUCAGGACUCCUGAGUUCAAGGUCUCCUUGACCACAGGCAAGUAGCAAGUGCACUUAUCAUGGUUUCUGCAUGUGAAGAAAUUUGGUGAGGCCCCCCAGCCUGCCCUGUCCUCUCCACUCAGCCCCGAAAGUACUUAUUGUUGAGUCCUGGUUUAUCCCAAGGAGUCCCUGGCUCCCUCCACCGGGACCUAGCUUCCAGCAUGGAGGUCACUGUAGGGCCUGUUAUGACAGGGCAGAGCCUAAAGUACCCUGGACCGGGGUUACGGGAAAAAUUGGAUUCCACUUUGGCAACAUCAAUCAGGAAGAGCAGGUAACCCGAACAGUCCAUUCAUCUCACCUUGCUUGUCUGUUUUUUGUUUGUUUGUUUUUUAAUUUUUAAACAUUUACUUUUGAGAGAGAGAGAGAGAGUGGGGGAAGCGCAGAGGAGACAGAAUCCGAAGCGGGCUCCACGCUGUCAACGCAAAGCCUGACAUGAGACUUGAACCCACAAACCGUGAGAUCAUGACCUGAGCGGAAGUUGGACGCUCAACCGACUGAGCCAGCCAGGCGCCCCUCAUGUGUUCUUAUCGUAAUUUCUGAACUUGUCUUUUCUGUCUUCUCAUCUGUAAAAUGGGCACAACUCCUGGUCUCACAGGGUGGUGGGUGGGAGUAGUAAAUGGAACAGUGUGACGGCUCAUGGGUCACAUCCAGGAGCCUCACUGCUGUGCCCUGAAGGAAAUGGUGAUCUCUGGCCACCAGGUGGCAGCAGGGCUCUACCCGUCCGCUGCGGGUCCUCCCAAAAUGCCCUCGGGCUGGGCAGAUGGCGCAGUUGAGAGGAAGGACCCGGUGAGAGCUUAGGGAGUGGUGGGGACUGUGUUGGACCAGAGCACUCCCCCACGGUCCAGAUUUGCUGGCAGCUUCUCGGCUGCAACCAGUGUUCCACAGAAUGAGGGCCCAGCGAUGCCAGACGUUCUGAUUUUUCAAGAGAAGCCAGAAACCAGGGUUGUGUCUGUUUUUAUUUUUUUUGUGUGUGAAAUCCGUGUGGAGAUUGUAUGGGCCACAACAAGCCCCGCUUUGCAUCUUCUGCCUGAGUGUGGGUGGAGAGUCUCCUCUGGAGAAUGAGCGUCAUUUCUUUAUAGUUCCUCUGAAGUGCCUUCAUGUGUCCCCACUUUACCCAGACAUUAAUCCCCCUUCCUUGGAUCUCUGCGAGCACGGAUUCCUUUCAUACUCCUGUUACUAUUGCCAUCUUCGAACUUACUGGAUGGUGUCCCAUAUUUUCUGACGCACCCAUGAGGAUCUCCACAGUACCUAUCCCACAGAUUUCUUUCAAGUUUAUUUAUUUAUUGGAGGGAGAGAGAGAAAGACAGUGCCACUGGGAGAGGGGCAGAGAGAGAGAGAGAGGGAGACCACAGGCCCCACGCUGCCAGCGAAGAGCCCAGCUCGGGGCUUGGAAUCACGAAACCAUGAGAUGAUGACCUGAGUGAAAACCGAGAGUCAGAUGCUUAACCGACUGAGCCGGCCAGGCACCCCUCCCGCAAAAUUCUUUUAAGGAUUAAAUGAGAUACUGCUAUAACACCCAGCACCCAGCACAUUAGUGCUGGGCACCCAGCACAUUAGUGCUCAACAAACACAGUUAUCAUCAUUAUGGGGACCUCAGCAGAGACGGCAUGACAUGGGGGGACAGGUUCGUAGGGCCUGUCUUUCUCCCUUGUACGUGGGAGGGUGAUGAGGCCUGCUACUUCCCUACGGGGAGGAAGCCCCUGAUCCUGGCUCCUGAGAGCCUGGCUGUAGUUGGGCACAGCCCUUCCCUCAGAGGCUGCCGUCACACCCCAAAGGCAUCCCUGGAAUCUUCCCUCUUCUGCCCUCUGUGGUGUGGCCAGGGUAGGCAGGUUUCCUGUCCAGGGCCAUGCUGGAGGGCACCAGUGGCCCGGAUUCUGCUGCUUCUCUCCAACGAUAUCCUUUCUGCUGUCCUGCGCCUGGACAAGUGGGCCAGGCACCCAGGCAGCAAUCAGCAUCCUGAUUCUGCCAGAGCAGCAACUCCGGUCACAGGCUUGGGGCCUUCUGCACCCGGGGGCGUCUUCUCGGCGUAUUCCCUGGAACCAGAGCUUGCUGGGGCUCCCGUAGCAGAUUAGGGAGCAAAGGUUUGUCCUCCCAGGCUCUGACUUCUGGCUGGGCUCAGGAGCACCGGCUGCUGCUGUCCGGUCCCUACCGAGGCCCCAGGCGGCCCCCGUGCUUCUAGCACAUCUCAGGUGGUUCUGGGUUCCCCGUCUUGGGCCCAUCCACCUGUCCUCAGGGGACGGGGCAUCCUUGGAGCCUGUGAGCGGAAAGGGGGCUCUAAACAGUAGCCCCAGAUUCGGGACAGCCCUGGGCCGCGGGAAGUUUAAGCCGGAGCGAGUGUUGGGGCCGCAGCUAUCCCCUCUGGGCAGCUCGCACCUCCAGAGGUUGGCUUUUGGCUUGCUCGCCCUCGCCUUCAUCCUCGGCCCUGCUCUGCUCUGUGCUGCGGGGAACUACAUUUCCCAGGCCUCCCGCCCUCUGCUCUCCUGGCAGGGGCAAGGUGGGGAGAACCCGAGGUAUUUCUCCCUCUCUCUCUCCAUCGCUCCUUGUGGCUGGUCUUCUCCAUGGUUCCAGCCCCUAAGGGACAGCCCCUCUCUCCCCGUGGCGUCAAGUCUCGUUGAACAGACCUGGCUAUGCUUCCCCGUUUCUGUCAGUAGCUUCCAACACUGGACACUAAUAACACUGCCUUUUCCCUGCGUCCCUCCAGCCAAAGGACUGGAGUGUCUUUUUUGCUGUUGUUAACCUCUGGGGUGCUCCUUGGAUCUUCUAUCCUCUGCGUAACCUCCUCCCUAUAUUAAGUUUUUCUGUUCAAAAUGCAUCGGGUGGUUCUCUUUCCGACCAGACAGUGACUGAUAGGUUGCUCAGUAGCUAGGGGUGGAGGGAGGGACCGGGCAGUGGAAAUAUGGGGCUCCCAGGUGCCCCUGCGUGAGGCUGCCCAACCCUCAGGGAAGAUUGGGACCAUCACCAGGUCUGCUGCACCUUCCCUGGGGCAGGGGACUGUCUAGCCCUCCCAUCUGGAGCUCUUGGAAGUGUCUUCAGCAGCAGAUAGCAGCUGAGUGGGUCACACCCCAGGGUCAGUGGCUGUGAGAAUCUGAGCGGCCCCUAGUCUUGGCCAGCUGAGGCUGUGCCUGCAGGGCUCUAAGCAGGCAGAGGCCCAAAGGCAGCUGUAUGAGAACAAAGCCAGGCUGUGGGCAGGAGGACGGGGUCACUUCCUUCCAGCCAUAGUGCCUGGAGUCUGGUCCUAGCUCAGGAGGGGCAGUGAGCCCCAGGUCAGGGAGAUAGGGAGUGGAGGUGGGGCUUCUGGCCAAGGAGGAGGCUGCUUGUCUUGAUUCUGGGGUCUCGGGGUUUCUGGGCGUAUCAGCAGAGCCUCUGACCUGGGGAAGGACCAGUGCAUUAACAGUGAUCACCACAGCGUCUUGUCACAGCUCACGGGGCUGCUUGAGGGUGACAUGAGGGAAUCCACUUGACAUGAUUAAUUCAGUACCUGGCACAUAGCAAGCUCUCAAGGGCUGCAAGCUAAAAAACAAACAAACAAACAAACAAAUACAAACACAAACACAAAUCUCACCAGCAGCCCAGCACUGUGGAACUCAUUCUGCAAGCAUUUCACGAGCCAUGCCGGUGUCCUAGUUAGGAUUGAGCCCCGGGCCUCUCCCCUGGGACACAGCCAAGGCUGGGGGCACAGAUCCAGCGGCCAGGGCAAGGAAGGGGGUUGGGUCAGGUGAAGGAGUUGUGAGCUUGGGAGGGCACACUCCCUAGGGACGUGGGGGAGGUGGCAGGUGUCCAGCAGGCGGUCAGAGCCCCCGUGGGGCACUUGAGGACAGCUCUCUCCUAGUGUCCAGGAAGGAAGAGAUCGAGGCCAGGUCAGAGAGUGAGCAGUAGGGGCCCAGUCUUUGGGUUGAAGUUCAAGUCCCAGGCCCUGAGGACCCAGGGAUCAGGCUCAACAAGGACACAGAGAUCCUGGCAGGAGGCAGAAUUGAGAGCUGAGCACCAGGUUAGGAGGUUCCAGCACAAGGGACUUCAUGCUGAGCCCUGGGACCUAGAGCUGCUUGGAACCCACCCACUCCCACCCCGUACGAGGGCAGAGUUGAACCUGGUGGGUACAGUGGGCCGGAUCAAAGAUACAGGUGGUGGUAGUCAGGAGCCCAGCUUCGUGUUGCAAAAUGCUCGAGUUCAAACCCCGGCUCGACACUUACCAACUGUGUGACCUCAGCGAGCAAGUUGGUCCAUCUCUCUAAAACCUCACUUUCCUCUCUGUGGGCAAAUCAGGAAAUGGUCCUGCCUCAAAGGGUUGUUGGGAUGUCGAAAUGGGAUAAGGUAGGGAAGUGCCUGCUGUAUCUGGUGAUGCACCGUAUCGAGUGCUUAAUAAAUGAUUGAUCCUUGAGCACGUAAGCCACCCCCUCCACGGGAUCCCUUCCAAACUUUGCAGGCAGUGACCCUGCCCCUGAGUUUUCUUGCCUCUGGGCUAACACUGCCUGCGUCUUCACCAUUCCUCCAACGUCUGUGUUCCUGACCCUCGACCACCUCAGACUCUGAAAAAAUACCCCCUCACUACAGGGCCUCUUUUCGAAACUGAAAACAAGUAGAUAUCUUCAGAGGCCAAAGGUUGUUCCCCUGGGAAUGUAACUGUGACCAUGUCCUCCAAGACUCUCUGGAGAUUGGAGUUGGCCAUCUUGAAUUACUUCACUCUCCGGAGAGGCCUCCCCAGCAGCCAUGGGCCCGGUGGCAGAUGGCCUGGCUGAUACGGCCAGCGUUUGAGUAUGCCUUCCCCUGACUUUUUCAAAUUCCCAAAUGUUUCUACCUCAAAUUAUUUUUCAUACUCCCCCCCACACACCCCCAAAAAGCCAUGGGACGGAAGAGCAUGCAUAAAAUAAAAACACAAGCACAAGGAUCACCACCCCCGCCACC